AAUACCUCACUUUUGGAACCUUUGUACAGCCUGCUGUACGAGUCUCUGUGCACAAUGUCGGGAUCUAAAAUCUUUUCGAUCGAGGGCAAGGGCCUCAAACUCACCACGGCCGAGGACAUUGAGCCACACAUUCAGGACCUGAAGGCACAUGACCAGGUUGAGGAGGUCAGGUUCUUGGGCAACACUCUCGGUGUGGAAGCUAGCGAGGCACUGGCAAAGGUACUCGAGACCAAGAAGAGCCUCAAGGUCGCGAACCUCGCCGACAUCUUCACAUCGCGUCUCCUGUCCGAGAUCCCACCUGCGCUCUCCCACCUCGUCACUGCUCUCCUCUCCCUCCCCGAACUCCACACCGUCGACCUUUCGGACAAUGCUUUCGGUCUCAACACUGUAGCCCCACUUGUCGACUUCCUCUCCCAGCACACGCCACUGCGCUACCUGUACCUGAACAACAAUGGUCUCGGCCCCGCUGCCGGUGUCCUCGUGGCCGACGCGCUCACUGCGCUUGCCGCAAAGAAGGAGGCUGCGCGUAAGGAAGGCAAGCAGGUGCCUGACCUCGAGCUCGUCAUCUGCGGGCGCAACCGCCUCGAGACUGGCAGUAUGCAGGCAUGGGCCAAGGCCUACGCAGCGAACAGCGGAGUCAAGACCAUCAAGAUGACACAGAACGGUAUCCGGCAAGAAGGUAUCACACAUCUCCUCGCCCAUGGUCUUUCGCAUCUCUCCAAGCUCGAAACCCUCGAUCUUCAGGACAACACCUUCACAGCCAUGGGUGCAAACGCCCUUGGCAGCGUCGUUGGGAAGUGGACAGAGAUGCGUGAGCUCGGCGUUGGUGAUUGCUUGCUGGGCGGUCGUGGUGGUGUUGCUCUCGCGUCAGCCCUUGCCAAGGGCCAGAACAAGAAGCUCGAGGUCUUGCGCCUGCAGUUCAACGACAUCAACGCCAAGGGUCUUGCUGGUCUUACUUCUGCUGCGUCUAGCUCGCUCCCCGCCCUCCGCCGUGUUGAGUUGAACGGUAACAAAUUCGGCGAGGACGAUUCGAGCAUCGACAAGCUCCGCGAAGUGCUCGACGCACGGAAGGAGGAGAGCGGCGAACACGAGGACGAUGAGGAAUACUGGGGUCUCGAUGAGCUCGAUGAGCUCGACGAUGAUGAGGAAGACGAGGAGAGCGACGCAGAGGCGAAGCAUGGUGAGGACAGCGACGAGGAGGGUGUCGAGGUUGAAGAGAAGACCGCACGACAAAUCGUCGACAACAAGCUUGCCGAAGAGAGCAACGUGGCGCAGCAAAAGGAUAAGAAGGUUGACGACCUGGCAAAUGCUUUAGCAAAAGCCGAGAUCAAGUAGAGAAGCUUUGAAGUGAACAGUUGAAUUAAUACGUAAUGGCUUCGGCUUGCAUUGAACAGAGUGGUAAAACAUUGUAGAUGUGUAUCAACCACACUUUCAGUAAUGAUGACGUAUACGACCAUG